AUGCCUGAUCAGGAAUCGUCGUCAUUGCCACAGAAGGAAGACCUUUCGUCUGCUCGUCUGGGUAGUGUAGCUGUGGAGUGCAACAAACUCAAGGACGACUAUGAACAGUGCUUCUUCGACUUCUUUCCCCGCUUCCUCUGUGGCGAAAAGUUUAAGGAGGACCCAUGUGCCUCUCAACUGGAUGCUUAUCGUCAGUGUCUCCGUCGCCACCUGAGUGGAAGUAUGGGAGUGGAUUUGGACAAACUCGAUUCCCAACGUAUGUCCGCUGCCGAGAUGGCCGAAGUCAUGGCUCAGGGAACGAGUCGAAAGUCGUGA